AUGUAUUGUGAUAUGAGCAAUGACGGGUGGACCCUAAUAGCAAGAUUCUCAAAUGCUGACUCUAAGAACUGGAUGUUAAAUGGGAAUUUAUGGUAUGAUAGAAUAUCAUCCUUUGGCCACACCACUCGCCCAGCUUACAACAAGGAUAUGAUUUCUGAUGCAUUCUGGAAAGUGAAAGGAAAUGAAUUUAAGAUUACACGUAGUGAUGAUUCCAGUCACACAGCUCUACUACAGACAACUUCCAAUUGUCUUCAAGGCGGAACAUUCAGAUCUAAGAUCACAAGUUAUGGAAACUUUCGUAGCGGUGCUGUCUGGGCAAGUGACCGGUGUCGUGGAAGUUGUUCAGUUAGUUAUGGCGGUCAGUACAAAACUACAGCAGGUUUUGAAAAGCACAGUUGUAGCAGCAGCAUUCAGACCAGUAACUACAUCGGGUUUUGGUGUGAUUGGUCUGGUGGUGAUGGUGCAGUGAUGAUGAUUGGUGGAGGAGGAAGCAGUUGUGACAGAGCAGAUCAUGGUAUUGGAAUAACAGAGGAAAAUGAAGCAAAGUUUGGCAAUGGAACACCAUAUUAUGAUUUUGGUUAUGAAGCAAACAACACUCCCACCUCAGCGUAUUCACUCAACCUGUGGGUUCGCUAAGCAUGUAUCUUGUUUAGCCAUUGGAUGUAAUAUAUGUACUGCUUAUGAAUUUUUAAUUUUGCAAACUGACUGUACUUGGAAGUACAUAUUUGUGAUGAAUAUCAUGAAUAAUUAAUAAACUUUACAACCCAAUUACAUUUAAAAUAUUACAUAUUAGUUCACACAUAUAAUUCAUUACUGCACACUACUGUUCAUGUUGUAAACAUUACAUACUACAUACUAGAUAUUUACUAUAUAUUCCUGCUUUGAUUAAAUGGCACAAUGUUUCACUGUCAUGUAUGUUUUGGUGUUUUGUAGCAUAUUAUUUUCAGCAUCUGAUAUCAAAUUGCCCAGCAUGUUAAUUGUUAUAAUUACAAUAUAAUUACAAAUUGUUAAUUGUUAUAUUGCAGCAAUUUUCAAGGCCUCUUUCAGGGCCCCAAUUCAGGGGUCUCUUUUAUCAUGUCUAUAAACCGGGGGGAAGACAAGUCUGAGAAAUCUCCCCAGUCCCAUUACCGUUCCCCUUCUCCAGUGUAGAUCCCUUUUGGCCAAAUAAAAGCAAAACGGGAAUAAUAACAUGAUCAGGAAAUCAUGUCCCAUAGGCAUAUACAUCCAGACUCUCCUAUUGGUUCGCAAUUCUCAGUUCACCGCCUUCUCGUCAGAUCCUUAUCUUUUUCCCCCAUUUAUCCCAAAAAACAGACGUUUGUGAAUUGUGCUAAUUUUAGCCACAUGUAUACUUUCAAAUUCAAGUAACUGUAGAUUAAGUAUAUAAACCUACACAGUCCAGAUAAUUAGUGCAAAGCUAGUUAGCUAUAGCAACUGGCUAUGCAUGCUAUGCCAAUAAACAUGAUCUAAAUCGGGUAAGGACAAUACGUUUCUGAAUGUUUGAAUAAUGCAAAUCAUUAAAAAUUUGCAUAGCAUGACCUUUUGCGAUGCCUAGCUUCGCCACUGGUUACCCUAACGCCAAACAUGGGAUUUUAUCAUAUAUGCUUGCUCGUGCAUAUAUGUAGGCUAUCUAGGAGGCUUUUAUCGAGUUAUUUAUUUAAUUACUAUAUUGCUUCAUGUCCAUUUACUGUUUUAUCAUGCACUGAUCCGAUCCCUGCAUGCCGAGUGUUUUUUGAAGAUUUUUGUGCUGUGCUCGUUUUGUGCUGUGUCGUUUUGUGCUGAAUGCUGCAAUUCAAUCCAUUAAAAACUACCUAUUAUACCAUACUCACGUACACUGCUGAAUCUCAGUUAUGUAUUUCUGCUGAUAUAUCUCUGUUUUAUAUUUUGAGCCACACUUUUUGUUCAAUUAUUGACUGCAAGGACAUGGCAGCGAGUUGAAAAGUAACUCAUUAAUAAUUCAUAAGCAAAUCUGGACAACCAUAAUAUGUCACGUGCAGUGUCUUUAAACCUCAAAAAGCACUCCCCAUUUAUAGUAUUCUUUAUAUAAAGAAUAUUAAUAAGGCAGUAUAUCUAUAAUUGAAUUUGUAGUCGUGUUAGAAGCCGUUUAAUAAACUCGCAGGACGUAUACGUCGUCGACCACGCGAUUCUCCAUCAUAAACUUUACGCGCACGGACUCAGAGGUUCUAUAUUGCUCUGGUUUAAGGAUUAUUUAACUGAUAGAUGCCAACGCGUGGUGCUAGAAAAUGUUGCUUCCGAAUGGUCCCCUGUUACCUCUGGGGUACCUAAGGGGAGCAUUUUAGGGCUAUUGUUAUUUACAAUUUUUAUCAAUACUCUGCCUGAUUCCCUAUCACCUGCAUCGAAAACUGCUCUUUACGCGGACGAUUCAAAAGUAUAUCGACCUAUUACAUCUCCGGUUGACUCCAUGGCCCUACAACAAGACCUGAAUAACCUUGAUGUUUGGAGAGUCAAAAACAGUCUACAGUUUAAUUCAUCUAAAUGUGAAAUCCUCACAGUUACACGAAAGAAACAUCCCAGUACAUUUCCAUACAACCUGGCUGGUAAUGAUCUUGUUCGUUGUGAUGAAGUAAGAGAUUUGGGGAUAACAAUAACUUAUAAUCUUAAGUACAAUACAAUACAAUAAUACAAUAAUUUAAUGAACACUCCCCAUGGAGGCUUUUCAGUGAUCAUUUACAAUAAGUAAUAAACUAAUUAUGUACAAAACGAAAUACUAGUCCUAAGAUAGUAUAAACUGAUUUAGUAAUUGAGUUUUCAUUUUUUGCUUAAAAAUAUGUACAGAGUCACUUAAUUUUAAAGAAGUUUCUAAUGAGUUCCAUAAGCUUACUGUACGGUAAUAAAAGAAUCUUUGGCCACUAGUGGUCUUAAACAGUGGAAUAUUCAGCAACUGUGAGCUUCUGGUAGUCCACUUACUCACGUCACAUCGUUUAAUAAACUACGCCAGGAUCGCGUCUCGAUAAUAAAGUUGUAAUUUAACGGGUAGCUACUUAAGGUUUUUCAAUACGGGAGUAAUGUGAUCGUAUUUACGAGUUCCCGUCACAAUGCGUGCAGCGAAAUUCUGUGCAGUCUGUAGCUCUGUAGCUUUUUUAGAUUUUUCUCUGCAGUAUUACACCAUACAGACGAACAGUAAAACAUUUUACUAAAGACUAAAGUGUUAAUUAUUGUAAUAAGUGUUUUCCUAUCAAAUGCAUGCUUCACGCGAUUUAUCUGACCUAAAAUCGACAUGCACGAAGACACAUUUUUUAUAGUAUGCUCAUCAAAACUAAGGGUCUGAUCAAAGGUUACACCCAGGUCCUUUACAUGCAGUGAAGGUUGGAUAUCUUUUCCUAACAAUGUUACACGAAAAUCAGAUAGUUUGGAUAGCAUUUGUCGGCUGCCAUAGACCCAUUAAUUUUAUCUUCUUUGGAUUCAAGAGUAGACAAUUUUCAAAACACCAGUUACGUAUUCGAACUAGAUCGUCAUUAAUUUCAAUCAUUGCCUUGGUACUAUCGUGUAUUGGAAAUGAGAUAUAGAGUUUACUGUCGUCUACAUAGCAGUCGGGUGUGCAGGACCUCGGAACAAGUGGUAGAUCAUUGACAUAAAUAUUGAACAAGAUUGGGCCAAGGAUACUGCCCUGUGGGACUCCGCUUGUAACUAUAGCAAAGGAUCUGAUAAGGUUGAAUUUAUGCAUACCACUUGAUAUCGAUUUGACAGGUAGCUACUGAACCAUGACAAUCCAGAAGGUGAUAUACCAAUGUCCCGCAAUUUAUUUAAUAAUGUUUGGUGAUUUAUGCUGUCAAAAGCCUUGCUAAAGUCUAACAAUACAACUGCAGUUAAUUUCUUACUGUCAAUUGCUGUUAGGAUUUCAUCAGUAACUUUUAUCAGAGAUGUUUCGGUAGAAUGGUCUUUUUUGUUUCCGCUUUGCUUCGUAGAAAGUUUCCCAUUUAAAACUAAAUAAGGCAUCAACUGAUUCAAUGCUGAUCGUUCACAUAUCUUUGAUAAUACAGGUAGGAGUGAGAUGGGACGGUUGUUCUCUGCUUCUUCGUGAUCGCCUUCCUUUAAGACGGGCAAGUGGGAUUCUCAUGUCACACGAAUUCGAUCUACUGCAAAUAAAUGUCUGGGUCUCCUGAAACGGACUUGUUAUGAUUUACCUGAUACGCGAGCUAGGAGAGCUUUGUAUCUAUCCCUAGUUAAAUCGCAACUAAGUUACGGUUCUCAAGUAUGGUCCCCUGAAUCUGCUACCUUGAAGAAAAGAAUUGAAGACGUGCAACGACGUGCUUCGUUGUGGAUUUUAAGACUUAAACGAGGGGACUUAGCUUACGUGGAUCGCUUAAAGAAACUAGAUCUCCUGCCACUUUCUUAUGAUAGAGAGAUCAAAGAUUUGACUUUUUAUUAUAAAUGUAGAUAUGGUCUAAUUGACUCGAUACAAAUAUUUUUACAGCUUUUGUCAGUAGUAGACUAG